AUGGAUUGUGGUGAUAUAGUGGCUGUACUAGAAUGCAAGGAAUAUAUCAACCAUUGCUCGGAUUAUGUUGUUUUAGGCUUUGACUGUCAGUGGAUUACUGGGAAUAAUGGCCAUAAGCUUGUGGCUUUAUUGCAAUUGGCUACCGUAAAGGGAUUUUGCGCUGUAUUUCGUUUACCCUACAUGCAGCCAAUACCUCACAGUUUGAAAAAUCUCUUAAAAGAUAAAAACAUAAUAAAAGUUGGUGUAGACUGCGUGCAAAAAGCUCAACAACUAACUCAGACUUAUGGCAUCAAGGUAGCCAGUUCUUUAGACCUACGUUAUCUGGCAGCUAUGGUUCGAUACCAACCGGAUGAUUUGGAAAAAUUGUUAAUUUCUGUGCUAAAUGUCGAACUAAAGGCAAUGCGUUCAUUUCGCUCCGAUUGCAAAGAGAAACAGCUGCUUGGUGAACAAAUUGAACUCGCUGCUAACAAUGCGUUGGCAGCGGUAGAGAUUUUCAAAAAUUUAAUUCAAAAACUACAAGCCAAGACAUCGAUGCAUUUCACAAAAGCAGACUUAAGUGAAAUGAAACCUAAAAUUGGGCAUUAUUUUGGGCUACACUUCCGCAAUGACCUUGUGCCAUGUCCUUCUAGAAGGUACGUAGCUCCUUUUGAAGGUUGCUUACUUGAAGCACCGGAAGACGGUGAAACCUUGUGUUCCGUGAAUGAACCAAAAGCUAAUUGGUAUUUGCAAGAACAGCUAGGAGUGAAAAUAACAUCUGUACCGUUUACAAUACGCUUAAAUUUUAAGCCACCAUUAGGUUUUUAUCAUAUAGAAAAGAACGAAUGUGUAAUCUGUGGACACUCGGAUGCAUUUAUACAUAAAAAUAUUGUGCCGACGGAAUAUAGGGUGCAUUUUCCAAUCGUGACACAAUUUCAUACCUCGAACGAUAUACUAACCUUGUGCCCUAAAUGCGAUCAGUUGAAUAGUGCGGUCGAUUUAAUAAUUCAGCAAGAAUUGAGUGAAAUCUGCGAUGCCCCCUACAGUUACGAGCAACUUAAAAAAGUGAAGAUAACUGCGCGGAAGCUAAUACAUAAUGCUGGCGAAAUGUCAACGGAAAGGCGUAAAUCCUUGGAGGCCCUUGUGUUGGCUUACUUUAAAGACCAGAAAAAUCUUACUUUGUAUAUGCUAAUAGAAGCUUCCGAGCUAAAUCUACGCGUUCAAGAUUGUUACGAACACGAUCUUUUAUAA